AUGGAAACUAUAUCUUACAUGGCCUCCAGCUGUGGGUCGUCUCAUUUUCCAUGAACAAUUAACUGGUGUCGCAACCGAAGCGAAGAAAACAAAGUAAACACAGAUCAAGUAGAGUAGUACUAGAAAACAAAGCAAGCAUCCCGAGUAGAGUAGCAUUGCAGAGAUUAGACUUCCUCCUAAGUAAUCAGUCAUGGCGGACGGUCUCGCCGCAGCGGUGGAAUCCGGCCCUGACCACAAGACGACGCUCGACGCGGAGUGGUUGCGAGUGCUAAUCUCCGGCGACAAGGCCCGCGUGGAGGAGCUAUUGCGCAGAGAAGAAGAACAAGACGAGCAUGGUGCCGACGAUGGGCUCCAGCAGCAAACCGAUGAUGGCCAGGUCGCCAUAAACGUCCCUGGCGCGGGCUCCUUUCCGAUUCUCGGCGUGACGAGCAACGGGAGCACGGCGCUGCAUCUCGCCGCCGGCCGCGGCCACGUGGAGCUCGCCACGCUCCUCUGCGACAGGGCGCCGUCGCUGGCCGCCGCGCGCGACAAGCGCCUCGACACGCCGCUACACUGCGCGGCCAAGGCCGGGCACGCGGGCGUGGCGGCCGUCCUCUUGCCCAGGGCCGGAGCAGCGCUGCUGGCGAGGAACCAGACGGGGGCCACCGCCUUGUACGAAGCGGUCCGGCACGGCCGUGCAAGCUUGGUAGAUCUGCUAAUGGCGGAGGCUCCCGAGAUGGCAUCGCUCGCUACCAAUGAUGGCUUCUCGCCGUUAUACUUGGCGGCCAUGACUGGCUCGGCGCCGACGGUCCGGGCGUUGCUUCGCCCGUCGGCUGAAGGAACACCGUCGCCGGCGUCCUUCUCUGGCCCCGCGGGACGCACUGCUUUGCACGUCGCGGCCAGUGUCAGCAAAGAAAUAGCUCAAGCUAUACUGGGCUGGGAGCCACAAGGCCUAACUUUGCUAACCAGAGCUGAUUCGUCAGGGAGAACGCCUCUCCAUUUCGCAGCGCUAUAUGGAAAACUUGAUAUUGUUGAGUUAUUCCUACAGCAUUGCCAUGCUUCUUCCCUCGAGCUAGCCAGUAUUUCUGAUAACAGCGGAUCAUCUCCUCUGCAUAUUGCUGCUAUGGUGGCGGAAACCGGAAUAAUUGAUGAGCUCACAAAAGGAUGGCCCAACUACUAUGAACUGGUCGACGAUAAAGGAAGAAACUUUCUUCAUCGUGCUGUCGAGCAUGGUCAGGAAACGGUGGUUCGCCACAUUUGCCGAAAUGACAUGUUUACCAUGCUGUUAAAUGCCACGGAUUCUCAAGGAAAUACCCCGCUCCAUCUGGCUGCCGAAAGUGGAAAUCCAGGGAUUGCCAGCUUAAUAUUGGCGACAACAAGUGUGGAUAUGGGCAUUACCAACAAGGAUGGCCUAACUGCUGGAGAUCUUGCUCGUCGUGCAAGAGCAAUCGGCCUUCGGCGCUAUUUCCUGAAUCCGCAGACUGUUUUGUACAAUUGUCUACGUUGGUCGAGAGCGCCCUUUACUUUAGAAGGAGAUCUUGGUCUUCAGGUGGACAGAGAAAAGGACAAGAUUGCCCGUGCCAAGAAAGAAGAAGAAAAUGAUAACAUUGCCCCCGCAGAAGAAGAAGAAGAAGAAAAGGAUAACAUUGGGGAAGCCAGAGCAAUUGCAUCGGUUCUGAUCGCCACCGUGGCAUUCGCGGCAGCUUUCACCGUGCCGGGGGGGUUUAUCGCCGACGACCGCGCGCGUGCCGGGACAGCGGUACUGGGCAGCAGUUUCGCGUUCAGGGCAUUCGCGGUGUCGGACACCAUAGCUUUCCUCUGCUCCAUCGUGGCCACAUGCUUCCUCAUAUACAGCGGCGACGCGAGAAGGAUUCCACGCAGCAAACAUAGCUGGUACAGGCGCUGGACCUCAGGGCUGGUGCAGGCGGGGGCGCAGUUUCUGAUUGCCGCGUUCGCGUUUCAGCUCGUGCUGGGUGUCGCCGUCAACCGCUGGCUCAUCGUCUUUGUGUACGUCGCGUGCCUGGCUUCAGUGCUCAUCUGCUUCCCUUCCGCUUGGGUUCCAUUGAACUUUGGCGUGGGGAAAGCGAUAUGGCGUCGAGCCGGAUGGAGGGGCCUUGUCAACAUACACGAGCGCCCGUCGACACUGCCAGAAUUCUUUCAUCUUUUCACCGACAGCGUCUUGUAUAAAGCUCUUAGGAGGCCAUUGUUUGCUUUGCUCAUCUCUGCUAUGUUUGUCGCCGCAAUCGUACUCAGUAUUGCUCUGCCAAACUACUGAGCAGGAAAUGUCAUAUGCCAAUCCGUCAAGAACUAGCACAGUACUCAUGUAUUGGUACGGACCAGAAAAUACAUUACAUUUUUUUUUGAAAGAAGAAAGAAAAUACAUUACAUGUUCGAAAAGAAUGUUGCCCUAUUAUUUAUUACGUAUCAUAGGUUGUAUAAUUUCAUAUCCGUUCUCGUCUCAACUAUUGAGGUGCCAAAAUCAAUGAGUGACACGGUCUAAAAGUGACCGCCACCACUAAUAGUUGCAUUGGAAUUUUUUGGUACUAUAUAUCCAUAACUAGAUUUUUUCCUUUUCUUUCUCAA